UGCUGGAUGGACAGGAUUUGCACUGCCCUGCAAUCCCGCUGAUACAAAAAUGCCUUUAAGAUCCUGCCUUUCCCAUCCUAAUCUACAAAGGAAACAGGAAAAAGGAACUUAAACUCCCUGUACUCAGACAGCAAUGAGACCGUUCCAGCCUGCUCCAGCGCUGAGAUUUCUUGCUUGUGACUUGUAAACAGCCUGCCAUGCAGGAGGAGAGUAACUGGUAAACGUCUGCGCCGAGAAAAGGAUACUCCAUGAGCGACUGUAAGAACUGGAUGGAUAAAUUUUGGAAAGCAUGGACCCUUUAGCACAUCUAGUUCUCUAUGGAUUCAGCCUGAUAAUUUCAGGUAAAGUGGAAGCGGCACUGGACCUCAUACUGAUCAAUUCAUUCCCUCUGGUGGGCAACUCCGAGACAUCACUUAUCUGUAUCACUUCCAAAUGGCGUUCCCGGGAGUCUAUCACAAUCGACCGAGACCAGGAGGAUGUGACAAACCAGCACCGGGAACCGCUGGAAGUUAAUGAAGAUUCAAAGAGAGCAACAGCCAAAACAGUGGUGUGGAAGAGGGAACAGGCCAGUGAAACCAUUGGGGCAUAUUACUGUGAAGGGAAACUCAAGGAUGAGGUGACCAGGAUACAUACCAUGAAGAUGCCGCUGGGAGCCUCGUUCCACCCGGUGGCAUUAACUGUUACAGCAAAUAAGGGAGAGCAUGUGAAUAUUUCCUUCAUCAGAAUGGCAGCAAAAGAAGAAGAUGCAGUGAUCUACAAAAAUGGUUCCUUCAUCCACUCUGUGCCCAGGCAUGAAGUACCAGGGGAGCUGGAAGUCUCCUAUCCUCAAGUUCAACCACAGGACGCAGGGGUUUAUUCUGCCAGAUAUAUAGGAGGAAACCUCUUUACUUCUGCUUACACAAGGCUUAUUGUGAGACGAUGCGAAGCUCAGAAAUGGGGCCCUUCCUGUAGCUCACACUGCCCUUCCUGCACAAACAACGGCAUUUGUCAUGAAGAUACUGGGGAAUGCAUCUGUCCUCCAGGUUUUAUGGGAAAAACAUGUGAGAAAGCUUGUGGAGCCAAUACAUUUGGCAAAACAUGUGAGGAGAGCUGUAAAGAAAACUAUGGCUGCAGAAACUAUAUGUUCUGUCUACCAGAUCCAUAUGGUUGUUCUUGCGCCACAGGAUGGAUGGGACUGGAAUGUGAUAAAGAGUGCAAACCUGGUUUUUAUGGGCCGGAUUGCAAACUCAAAUGUAACUGUCACAACCGAGGGACAUGCGACAGGUUUAAGGGCUGCAUCUGCUCCCUCGGAUGGCAUGGUCUGCAAUGUGAAAAAGAAGGUUCAGCAGAUGUUUCACCUCAGAUAGAAAACUUACUAGACCCUGUAGAACUCAAUUCUGGUGUUGAAUUCAAGCCUUUUUGUAUAGCAACUGGGAUGCCACUUCCUAAAUCUGAAGAAUUUAAACUAUUAAAGCAAGAUGGAACUGUCCUAAGGCCUGCCCUGAUAGUUACCAGCAAUCGCUCUGAAGCCAUGUUUACAAUUAAUCGAAUCCAGCCCCGUGAUACAGGAACCUGGGUCUGCAGUGUGCAGACAGUAGCAGGAAUGGCAGAAAAAGCAUUUCAAGUUACAGUCAAAGUUCCUCCUGUGCCACAGUAUGCUCCAAGGCUGACAGAUAGCGGACAUAAUUUUCUCAUAAUUGAUAUCAAUGCUGAGUUACAUCUUGGAGAUGGACCUGUUGUGUCAACAAAACUCCUGUACAAGCCAGCAAAACAUUAUCAGUCCUGGAUGUCUGUGGAAGUAAAAGGCACAACCAAAAGACUGGACAAUCUGGAACCAAAAACACAAUAUCAGUUUUGUGUGCAGCUGAGUCGGCGAGGGGAAGGUGGGGAAGGCCAUCCUGGACCACAGGCUAGCUUCACAACAGCUGCGCUUGGUCUUCCUCCACCAGAAGGUCUCGCUCUCUUCCCAAAAAGUAUGACAUCCCUGAAUUUGUCAUGGCAUCCUUUAACACUGAGGGCAGAGGAUGACAUUCGUGUUGAAGUGGAAAGGAAGAGCGUCAAUGACAACGGUGAUGAGAGCAGUGUUAUUACUCAAGUGCCAGGAAAUAUGUCCACGCUGAUCAUUAAAGAUCUUGAGCCUAGACAGCAAUACAUGUGCAGGGUACGGGUGAACACCAGGUCCCAAGGAGAAUGGAGCAACUAUCUGUAUGCAUGGACUUUCAGUGACAGAAUCCCUCCGGCGCCAUACAACAUCAGGUUCUCUAACACCACAGACACAUCCUCAGUCAUCUCUUGGACAACUGCCGAGGGUCACUCCAUCUCCUCCAUCAUCAUCAGCUACAAAAUUUAUGGCAAGGCUGAGUACAACCACAUCGAUAUUAUCAUAAAGAACACCAGCAUUACUCAAUACCAUCUCAAGGGCCUGGAGCCAAACACUGUGUACCAGGUUCAGAUCAAUGCUCAGAACAACAUUGGCUUGAGCAACCCAAACACCUCCUUUGAACUGAAGACUCUUCCAGAAGCUAAAGCUCCAUACGAAUCAAAAGGAGGCAAAAUGCUGCUUAUUGCUAUCCUUGGCUCUGCAGGGAUGACCUGUGUAACAAUUCUCCUGGCCUUUCUCAUCAUGCUGCAGUUAAAGAGAGCCAACUUCCAGCGUCGAAUGGCUCAGGCUUUCCAAAAUGUGGUGAGGGAAGAGCCAGCUGUACAGUUUAACUCAGGUACUCUCACCCUGAGCAGGAAAGCCAAAAACAGCCCAGAUCCCACUAUUUAUCCAGUUCUUGAGUGGAAUGACAUAAAAUUUCAAGAUGUGAUUGGGGAAGGUAACUUUGGGCAAGUCCUGAAAGCACGCAUUAAGAAGGAUGGCUUACGCAUGGACGCUGCGAUUAAAAGGAUGAAAGAGUAUGCCUCAAAAGAUGAUCACAGAGACUUUGCUGGAGAACUUGAAGUUCUUUGUAAACUUGGUCAUCACCCCAACAUAAUAAAUCUCUUGGGAGCAUGUGAACAUCGGGGAUAUCUUUAUCUUGCUAUCGAAUAUGCCCCCCAUGGAAAUUUGCUGGACUUCCUUCGGAAAAGCAGAGUGCUAGAGACAGACCCAGCAUUUGCUAUUGCCAACAGCACUGCAUCUACACUUUCCUCUCAGCAGCUUCUGCAUUUUGCAGCAGACGUUGCUAGAGGGAUGGACUACUUGAGCCAGAAACAGUUUAUUCAUCGAGAUUUGGCAGCAAGAAACAUCUUGGUUGGAGAAAAUUAUGUUGCAAAAAUAGCUGACUUUGGCUUAUCAAGAGGUCAAGAAGUUUAUGUUAAGAAGACCAUGGGACGGCUUCCAGUGCGAUGGAUGGCAAUUGAAUCUUUGAACUACAGUGUUUAUACCACAAACAGUGAUGUAUGGUCAUACGGUGUCCUGUUAUGGGAAAUUGUUAGUUUAGGUGGAACACCGUAUUGUGGAAUGACGUGUGCAGAACUCUACGAAAAACUGCCUCAAGGGUACAGACUGGAAAAGCCUCUCAACUGUGAUGAUGAAGUGUACGACCUAAUGAGACAGUGCUGGAGAGAGAAACCAUACGAAAGACCAUCAUUUGCCCAGAUACUGGUGUCACUGAACAGGAUGUUAGAAGAAAGGAAGACCUAUGUGAAUACCACCCUAUAUGAGAAGUUUACUUACGCAGGCAUUGAUUGCUCCGCUGAAGAAGCUGCUUAAGACAGGAGAAACAUUCAUUCGUCAAUGAUGUAUUGAAGAAAACCAAAACUCAAUCUGCUGGAGCCCAAAAUGUGAUCUGCUGUGUAGAACUGUGUAUAGCUCUAACUGUAUAUAAUACAGUAAUACUGUUUUACUACAGAUAUGUAUGUGUAUAUCACACAGUAACCUCUGCCCCCACAGCCUGUAGAAGUGUAUAUACUGUUCAGAGUGGGAAUAGACUGAAGUAAUGAAUUUUUUUGUUUCAUAUGCAGGGUUUUCUAUUUUCCUAGCCAUGUAGAUAUAGUGUAUACAUAUAAUUACUGUAAUGUAUUAGGUAUUGCCAUCUUAGAUAUUUUUGAUACUUUCCAAGAGCUACUGGUAGAAAAUCAGUGUCUUAUAGCAGUAUUUCAUAGACAUUUCAUUAAGAUUUAAAAAAAAAAAAAAAGCUAAGCUCAAUGUGACAAUGGGAGUUACACACAAACGUCAAUUCAGUAGGCUGACCAAGGAUAAUUAAUUAUUAAGUAAGACUCCUGCUUGAAUGUAAAAGUGAGCUAGUAGAAAUAAUCUGUUCAAAAAUUCUAUUGAGACUUGUGAGAUACAAGGCAUGCUAUUGCUAUUUCAUUGUCCAGUUUAACAGUCAGUGUGUGCCUAUGUGCAAAAUAUGCAUAUAUUUUGAAGCGUUUAAUGCUAUCAGAGGCAGCCGUACAGCAAUUAUCCUGAAGCAUAGGAUUGAGGAACAUACUACGUAUUGUAAAACACAUUUUUACGAUUAGCCUGGAUAUACAUGAGGCUUAUUCAAUUUGUAUUUCAUUCAAUAAUUUCACUGCAUAAUUGCAAAUUACUACCUGUUAUGUACAAGCAGGGCUUACUUACUUUUGCUUAUUUUAUCCAUUAUGCAGUCUGUAGUGUGGUAUGGCGUCUUAAAAAUACUGUAUUCAAAUGCUUCAAAAUGAUGACAUUUGGCCUGCCAGAAAGAACUUCUAGUCCUCAGGUUAGACAAACAGAGGCAGGAACGGCUUGAGCUUCUGGUAUCAAGUCAACCACAUGGGAUUCUGUGGAUUUACCCAAUUCAAAUGCCUCAUAUACAAUACACAACUUGAGAUGCCUCUAUUCAAUCUACACCUCACAGAACUACAGCUAUUAAAAAUAUCCACUGGUUCUGUCUGAGUUUCAGAUAGACAAAAUGUUUCUAUACCUACAAUGUGCACCGGGUACCCCAGGUUCAAUAGCUAGAUUUUACUGUCUGUUAUUCAGUGCUGGAAAGACCAAUUUAUGGCAGUAGGUGCCACAUAAAGGUUUUCCUCAUAACCUUUAGCAGGUUGUAUGUUCUGCCUUCCACAGGACAAUACAUCAGAUCCCAUGCCCCUCCUUCACAGGUGUCUUCUAUUUGUUGCUUGGCUCUCAAGAGCAUUACCAGUGCCAAUAGUUUUCUAUUAUUACAAAUACCCCACAUCCUAACAUUCUUUAUACACCUCCACCUAUUUACACCUGCUGACAUCUAUGCACAAGCUUAGAGUAUCAUCAGCUAUUCCUCACAUUCUUUGUUGAUAUCACAGCAUUAGUUUUCCCAUGUUCUCUCACAUACAGUUAUCACAGUCAUACUCAGUACAAGUUUUUUUGUUGGGAAAGAAAAGAAGCGUUUCAGACAAGUGGAGCUGGCCAUGCUUUGAGGAGUAUGUGACUCAGAAUGGCAGGUAACUGUUUAUAGUCAAGUGUUAUCUAUAGUUUAAAAAGAAAUUAUUUCACACCUGAUUAGAGAAAGUGGAGCCUUUAAGAACAAAAAGGCAGGAGCAAGCCUCCACACCACUUCUCCCCCAAGCCUUCUCCCUCAACAUCCUCAACUUCCAUUUAGUGCAGCAGCUCUGAUUGAUUGUUCAACAGUCUGAGUGCAGACAAAAAAAAAAUUGUCCUUGAUAUGUCCAAGAAAAACUCAAGAGCUACAGAAGAACACAGUGUGCUUGUCAGGAGAGCUAAGAAAUUAUCUGAGAACAGACACCACUGGCUAGCAAAAUGCAAGAUUCACCAGAUACAAGGGGAGGAGGGGUAACAAAAAUUCCAAAAGCACCUUUGCCCUCAGUAGAUUAGCUGAAAAGUAAGGUAUAACGACCCUUGGAGAUGUCUGAAUUCAGCUAAUCCACUCAAGGGCUGCAAUUCUCCUGCUCCUCAGUAACCCAAAAGGAAGCACCCAUCUGGUCUUAAAUGAUGGGGUAUUUAAUUCUUACUUCUCUGUGGACAGACUGUGCCUGACACAACUAUAAAGUCAAACACAGCCCCUCCCUCUACCCAAAAUAUAAUGGUCAGGCAUUUUCUGAAGCUAAAAGACAAAAUGUUGACUAUUACAUACAUCUCAUCAAAACAUAUAAAUACCAGAUGGAAGAAAGUAAGGCAGAUGGAAGUAGCCUUUGCUCAGCAGUAUCCAGUGACAGGAUGAGAAACAACAGACAUAAACAGAAAACUAGGAAAUUCCAUUGAGGGUGGUCAGGCUAUGGGAAAGAUGUCCCAGAAAGGUUAUUGAGUCUCCAGCAUUAGAGAUACUCAAAACAUGACAGGGCACUGCAGAGGACUAGACUAGAUGAUCUCCCCAGAUGCCUUUCAAUCACAGCUGUACUGUGGUUCUGUGAACUCUGCAAGAUGUGUUGUAAAAAAAAAAAAAAAAGUCAUCCA